ACAGGGAAUAACCAAUCAGAGGCGUGGAUAUUGGCUCGCGGGGCGUGUUUUAGGCGAGGCUGGUGAAUGCCCGUUGCUACAGCAGCAUCUCCUGCUUUCACUGAGAAAGAUGGAGGAACUUGACGAAUCCGUGCCCGUGGGCGAGUCGAUGCAGUCGUGUAAAGUGUGUGGAAGAACUUUCUUCUCAGCCGUCCUGAAAAAGCACACGCCCAUCUGCCAGAAAGUCAUGGCGAAGAGAAGGAAGGCGUUCGACUCGAGCAGGCAGAGAGCCGAGGGCACCGACAUCUCCACUGUGAAACCGCUCAAGCCGAAGCCUGAAGCACCCAAGAAAGCGUCCAACUGGCGUCGAAAGCACGAGGAGUUCAUCGCCACAAUCCGUGCUGCCAAGGGCCUGACCCAAGUGAUGAAAGAUGGUGGCCCUCUUCCCCCGCCCCCUCCUCCGUCCUACGACCCAGAUUAUAUCCAGUGCCCAUACUGCCAGAGGCGGUUUAGCGAGAAUGCAGCCGAUCGGCACAUCAAAUUCUGCAAGGAGCAAGCGUCCCGUAUCUCCAACAAGGGCAAAUUCGCUGGAAACGACAAAGCCAAGCCUCCAGCCAGGACACAGUACAAACCUGCCCCAGUGAAGAAAGCGAGUCCUGUAACUUCCGCGUCUUCCGCAUCUUCUGCAUCUUCUACGUCUUCCUCUCGCCUACCUCAGCGUCCAGUCUACGGGCAGAGCGGAGGAACUGGCACCAAAAGUCCUGCAGGGUCGGUGAGGAAUGUGAACACGUCAGCUUCUUUCUCUCCGUCCCGCCCCAUUGCUGGUGGAGUGACCAGUCCUCCUUCUGGGAUUAACACCAAACCUAAAGGCCUGGUUGCCCCGAAUUCACUGAAGAGCAUGUCCUAUGGAGGAGGAACGAACAAAAAGAAGGUCUACAGUGCUGACAACUAUAAUUCAAGGAAUGAGGCGAAAAACAAUGACAGUGAGGCAGACUUUUCCACACAGGGGACCAAGUUCUGUCAUGAAUGUGGAACCAAGUACCCGGUGGACUGGGCCAAAUUCUGCUGUGAGUGCGGGGUGAAGAGGAUGUGCAUUUAGAAAGAGAGAGAGUGAGAGAGAGAGAGAGUGAGAGAGAGAGUGACGUCUUUUUAUGCUGAUUAUCUCAUUUUUCCCACCGUCACACUCGUGCCCAUGAAUUCCUGUGCAUCUCUAUUUAUUUAUAUAUUUUUUUGCCUUGUUUUACUCCACUGGUGUUUAUUAUCGAAGUGCAAUAUUAUAAACUACUGAUAUUUUUUUUUUUGGAUCGGAAUUUUCCCAGUGUAGAAUUAAUUUCAUAAAUCGGAUGAUAUUUCAAAGCUGACUUCAAUCCGUUUCGAAGCAGGAACGAUCUGACAGAGCAUUGUGAUUUUAAUUUAUAUUUUUUAUUAAUCCAGAUACAAUUAGAAAGCCAAGCCGUUCACCCUCGUCCUUUUUUUGAUGUUUCAUUGUAAGUUUUUAAAUGCUUAUUUAUCUCGACAUUUCCCACGACGUACGCUCACUAGCCGGGUCGCCGACGUAUUCAGACGCUUCAGAAUAAUACAACCCUGGAUAAAAAAAUAUAGCUGAUGUUUUAGAUUUCAAACCAUGAUCAAAAUCGGACGCAGAAGAUCGUACGCUUUUCCAGCUUCUCCAGGUCUUUAUAAUCCCACCGCUGCUCCUCAGCCUGUAGGUCAUGUAAGCUAAAGCACCAUAUAUAAUCCCUGUGUGAUUAAUUAACCCUCGGUGUCGUUAUAGCCGAACGCUAUUGCUCACGAGCGUAUGAACGGUGCGUAUGGGUACGAGGCCCGCCCACAGAGCGGAUCCUGACGCCGGAUUUGUCACUGUAUAUGCAGAAUGUCACGUUAAUAAACAUUCAUGCGAGUGCUG